AUGCAUAUGGAAGAAAUGAUUAAUGAAGUUUUGGAAGACAGUAAUAUUGAUCCAGAUUACGAGAUAGAAAAUGAUGACGAUACGAGUUCAAAACAGGAAGUGGAUGAGGAUGGUGAUGAUUAUGGAACAGGGAACGUACAAACAGUGUGUGUUGUGUUGCCUGAUCGCAGACAGUGCUUCAGCAGUGCAGUGUUCAGUAAGCAGCCCCCUGGGGUUUGUGUGUGCAGCGCGCCAGCCACCCACGCCGCUCGCCGCCAGCCGCCCACAGCUGCCUGCGACACUCCUCCACUGUUUGACGUUGCCGUCUCCUACUAUCGGAGCCUUUCGGAAGAGGAGAGAGCCAGAAGGUUGAGAGAGGCUGCUACUGAUGGGGCAGUGGAGAAGCUGCGGGCACUCCUCGCAGCAGGGGUGGAUGUUGGGGCUGGCGAUGAUGAGAUGCUGACUUCACUGCACUGUGCAGCAAGGGAGGGGCAUGUGCAGGCGGUGAGAUGUCUGCUGGAUGGUGGCGCCCAGGUACACACCAGGAGCAACUUGCAGAACACGCCUUUACACCUGGCUGCAUGGAAAGGCCGUGUGGCUGUGGUGCGGGUCCUGCUGACCUCUUCCGCUGACCUGAAUGCCAGGAACACAUUUGGGAAGACGCCGCUGCACAGGGCGGCACUCCACGGUCGUGUAGAGGCGGCUGCUGCGCUGUUGGACGCAGGAGCUGACAGGAGUGCAAGGGAUAGCGAUGGGAAAAGCCCCCUGGAACUGGCCAGGCAGAACAAUCACCAGGAGCUGAUAGAGAUGCUGACGUAACAUUUACAGUCCUGAGAACAUACGUUGGGAAAAGGAAUAAUAUUCACUGCAUAGCUUUCCGUUAUUUAUAAACAAAAACUGCAAAAAAUUAAUUAUAUCAUUCACUUGUAACCAUCAUUGUGUAGUAGAUAUAACUCUUCAGCGACACUUCAACAAGCAUGACAAUGAAAGUACUUUGCAAGUAAUCUUUCUUUCGAGUAAAUGGUCUGAAGAAACAUUUCUCAAGCAAUCUCUACAAAACUGAACAACAUUUGGAAAACAUUUGCUUUGAUACUUUGCAACUUGAGAUAGCCAGGGAUUCUUCUAGCCCAUAAAAUGUUCAAAAAAUUACAGAAUUGUAGUCAGAUAAAGUCCUUGACAACCGCCAAUACUUCGAUAGUGAUCACCUAACCAUUUUAAAGUCACAAAUUGCGAAAUAUCGGCGAUUGUUGAAGAUGUGACACUGUUGCACGCUCAUAAGUUGAGUGAACUAAUCCUCUGCGUUAUUUGAUUACUGAAAAGUCAUGUGCUAUCUUAAACUAGUGUGAAUUUCACUAUACCCAGAUCACUGCCGUAUAACCUGUGUGGUUAUAAUACAACUUCAGUCCCAAUCUCAUGCUGAAUCUACUUCCCUGACUGCAGUACGGAUUGUGUAAUAGUUUGUGUCUUUAACUCCAUUAUACCAUUAGUCCAUUAUAUGUUGUGAAGAUCUGUCAUCUGCAACCACAUUUGAGGCGCACAGUUCCAAAAUCCUCCUUAUCCAUUUUUGCAGAUUUUUCAGGAAACGAAAAAAACGUUUCUUGCUCGCCUUCAGUAAAGCAAAUGAGUUUAUUCAUGUUUAUUAUAUCGAGGUACUUACACAUAUUGUUAUACCUGAGUGCUGGAUAUAAUUCGUGACAUGUAAGGAAGAUAUUUACAAAUUAUGAUUGGAUAAGGCUUGUUUUGGAACUCAACAUUGGAUAAGGAGUUUGGAACUGUCAUCAUGGAUAAGGGCGGGUUUUGCAAAUGUAGCUAAAACUUAAUAAUGGUCAUUUUCGUCAUUAAUUGGAAUUAUUAUCGACGUUCUUUUCGUCACAUAAAUAUUGACAUUUUUAUCGGUUGUAAACGGUAGUUUAAGUAUUUUAUGAAUAUAAUUAGUGUAAAAAGUAUAGUUAAUGUCCUUGAAACAACUGAUAUGCAGCCAUAAU